AUGACAGAAAAGCCUUAACAAUUCAAUCCAAUAUUAAUAGCGUUUUAUUCGGGUCUUGCAUCUUUGGUUGGUGAUAUGGUUAUGUUUCCCUUCGAUACGAUCGGAACAAGAAUAAAAGCGCAUAAGUCUAAGUUUCUGGGGAUGAGGCAAGGAUAUGAUCUUAUAGUUAAGAAUGAAGGAUUUAAAUAUUUAUUUAAAGGCUUUUCUACAACAGUUAUGGGUUCAUUUAUUCCUUAUGGUUCGUAUUUUUUGGCCUAUGAAUAUAUGAAUUAUUAUGCGAUAAAAUUAACAAAAGGUUUAGAAAAAGAUGGCGAAAAAAGUAAACUUAAUUUGUUGAUUCCUCUCAUUACAUCCCCCUUGGCGGAAGCUGUGUCUGUUAUUACCUAUAUACCUUUCGACACGUUAAGAACCAGAAUGCAAAUGAAUGUUCCUGAAUAUAAUUAUAAAGGAAUUUAUUCAGGAUUAAUUGAAAUUUCAUAAAAAGAAGGUUGGAUUCGCUUAUUCCAAGCCUCGCACUUAUAUAUGGCCUCCGUGGUUGUCUACACAACAUUUCAAAUGUGGUUCUAUGAAUUGUUGAGAUAUCAAAUCUUGAGAAGAAGGAGUGAUCAAAAAUUACAUAAUUAACCUUUGGCCAUUCAUUAAUCAAUCAUUGCAACAAUGAUUUCAACUGCUUUGGCUGCAGCCAUAGUCAAUCCUGUUGAUUUCAUUAUUACUCGAUACUAACUUGUUGACAGCAGUUAACAACAGUUGUCAGUGAAAGUAUUGGUUUAGGAAGCUUGGCGUCAAGAAGGAAAAAAGGCCUUCCUGAAGGGAUUAGGGACCAGAGUCUUCUAAUGCAGCAUAUUUUCUAUCUUUUAUUUUCCAGUUUAUGACCACUUUAAAUCAAAGUAUGGGAUAACAUUAGCAGAUUGAUUUCGGAAUUAAAUCUGACUUUUUUAAUGUAUA